AUGCCGUCGAUGAUUAUGGAGAACGACCUGUUGAGUAUGGACUUAACUGCUCAAUACAGUAGACAUUUCUUCCGCCGUGGCGCUUACCUAGAUCUUCACAAGAUACUGGAAGACUUGCCAAACACUACUCGCUAUCUCCAUCUGUAUUGUGUCAGUUUGGAUCAUAGUGGACCUGUCGAAAAUGGCACAAUAACUAUCGAAAUAUCACGAACAAGCGAGCUACGUUAUAUACACAUUUUCACAUGCAGCUUUCUGGCCCGCCCUGAUGUUCGGAAGUUCAAUAUUAGCUCGCCAAGAGAGUUCAAGUUGGACGUCUAUUUCGAAACACUGCCCUCGAAUCUCGUUUGCCUUGGUCAUAAUGGUCCAAAUCUAAGUAUCUCUCGAGAUGGUCUCAAGUUCGAGACCUAUGCGGCAAUAACAAGCGUGUCUUCUAAGUCAUUGAAAGAACACUUGGAGAGCCAGUUCGAAAGUCAACUGAAAGCAUCAGAGUCAAUGAAAGAUACUCAGAACAUGCUGGGAUUCCGGAUCAGGAAUUCAACUGGAAAUGUGACCUUCGAACCAUUAGUCAAGAUAGCUGAUGGGGAGUUUGCAACCUCAGGACUUUUGGCUGUUUCUGAUAGCCCAGCGCUCUCUGAUACAAGUCGUGCCUUAGGAAACCUCCCAUUCCUGCUCAACCAUGUUUUCGCUCUGGCAUGCAGCCAAGUGUUUAAAGGACUUAGCGCCUCGGACAUCGAGGCCAAAGAGCAUACAGAGACAAAGGCCAUGGCAUAUCUUUCGUACAUAUGCCGCUGCACUAGGUCCCGGCCGGAGUAUUCAGCCUUACAUCAGGAUGCCAGUACGCUGCUCCAGCGAUUAGAACUACCUCGACGGUACCCGGGGCCCUUCCCAAUCAAUGAAGUUGUUGGCAAGUACAUCGUUCCUCUGGAAAGUCCCUCCAAGUAUGAAAAGUACAUGAAUGAAGCUGUUACAAGCUGUAGGAAUGUCCAGCAGUCUCUAGACAGUUUGAGAUUGGCAAGCGAUAUGACUCGGGAAUUGAAAAAGGACAAUGCCAAGGCGUUGGACGCCCUCUCAACCCUUGCCCUCGGGACUGUGCCGGAUGAUCAGUACUACAAGGCAAUGAUCAAGAGUUGCGACCUAGUGGCCAAAUACAAGACUGUAAUGAUGGAAAGGCAGGAAAAUCUCAAUUCCAAGCUGGCUGCGUUUGAGAAGAAUGUUGAAGCAUAUCAGAAGGGAAAGAAGAAGGAACUGGAAAUGGCCAUUUGGAAGGGCGUGGGCCAGGUUGCUUUUGCAGUCGGCCUUGCGCUGUGCACUGGUAACCCAGCGGUUGCAGUGCCUGCUUUGGCCAGUGCCGCUGUUACGAUCGCAGAGGCCGCGCAACAGGUGGACUUGUCCAGCUCAUCAGGCCAGGCAAAGGAUCAGUCUUCUGGGGCGAGCAGCGAGCAGCCCGAGGCCCCAGCGCCGAAGGUCGAAAAGACCCCGAACAAGAGUGUCAAAGACGCAGCACCUACAAAGCCUGAGAGCAAGGCAGGAGAGAAAGCAGCGGAUGUUGCAAAAGCAGCCUGGAGUGCGGCGAAUAGUAUUUUUAGCGCCUGGAAAGCAUAUGACAAUAACAUGGUCAUUAAACACAAAGCAGAGAAGAUCCGACGCCAGUCCAUCGAAGAGAAUCUUUCUGCUGCUGCCAAUACCGCAUCUGAGAUCAUAACAACGUCGUCUCCGCCCAUUGACUACUUCGGACUUCUGUCAGACUGGGAAGAGAUUAAGGUUCAGGUGGACGAAAUGUUCAACGUGCUCAAGUACAAGCUUGGCUCCGAUACUAUUCCAGGACUAGAAGAGUAUCAAUCCGCCCUCAAAAAAAUGAUCAUCCGCGGCAAGACUUUGAUUGAAGCUCAGCGUCAAAUGCAGCUAGACAUCGAUGCCUAUCUCGGCGGCGUUGCUGAGAAUGCCUUGAGAACCAAGCGCAAAGCAGAUAUCCAAAAAGCAGCAAAAGAAAUCGCAGCUGAUACUUUUCCGGCUCGCAGUCAUAUCGACGCCUUGAGCAGGAGUCUAGUCGCUCUCAAGCGAGUGGCAAUCUUGCGGCUUCAUCAAUACUUGUUGAGGCUUAGGUAUGUCUCUUCGCGUUAUAGCGAUAUCAGCAUCAGCGCAUCUCCUGAAAUGUCUGUCGACGACCUUGAAGCCGUGGUACGAAAUUUGGUAUCGCAGGUAGAUAGUCUAGGCAAAGGUGCUCACAACAAUCAAACCGUUCCUCAGAUUGAGUUCAGCACAAAUAAUGAUAAAGAUCGCAAUAUCUUUGUCCCAGAGUGGAAGACAUGGCUGAAAGAAAACGGCGAGAUUCCUUUUCUCAUCUCAUACAAGCAUCCCUCGGGGUAUGGGUACUACGAUCUACGAAUUAACAGAAUUAGCGCGCAGUUUCUCAGGAACGGCGGACAACCUUUCACUAAUGUCAACUAUGAUAUUACGCUUGGUCCGAUUAUGGUCGAUCGAGAUCCAGACGACAAAUUGCACCAAUACUGCGCUGACGAAUUCCGCAUCAAGAAGACUGAUGAUCAGGGAGAUUGGACUUCUGCAUCCCAAACCGACAGUGAUGCGAAAAUACUUCCAGCGCUGUUCACAUCCGGUACUAUUGUUUUGAGCCAUACAGGUAUCAGCAACAUGAAUCUCAGCGACGUAGCCGAGGUGAAGCUUCUGGUCUCUGCUCGCGGAACCCCAUUGAAGAAUGUCUCUUAG